AUGACAAAAUGUCUUCUCAAGGCUCUUAAAGCCGUUGAUCUUCAAAAUUAUGUUGAAUUAUUUCGUUCACUUGGUUAUGAUUCAGCUGGUGCAUUAGCACAUUUUCAUAAUGAACAUUUUAAACGAUUAAAUUUAACGAAACAAGAACUACUACGCUUCCAUGCUUUACUUGAUGUACUUAAAGAAGCAACACGUGAAGGUAAAAUAUGUCCACAUUAUUCAAAAUCCCAUAAGCAAUCGACAACAAAAUCUAUUUCGGCUCGAUCAAAAAGUACGGAAUCGAUUCAACAUCGAAUUUCUCAAUCCAAUAAAAUCAAUCAUUGCUAUUCAGCAAAAGAAUCAAAUGAAAAUUUGCAACCAAAAAGAUCUUCGAGUUCGAUGAAAAUAAAACAACGUUCGUCGUUAGCAUCGUUAACAAAUGGAAGUCAUCCUGGUGGAUUUCAUAUACAAAAACCAUCAUCGAUUCUUAUUGAGCAACCAAAAAAUGAUGAUCAACAUUUUUCGGGACCAAAAUCAUUUCUUCAUCGAGCACCGGUGCAACAUGUUAAAGUAAAGUCUUAUAAUUAUGGUGUACCAACCAAUAAACGUCAACGAAAUACAUCUCAUCGUGUUCAUUAUCAAAAUGAGAGAAACUCGAAUCAUGCUACAAUAUUUGCUUCAUCGUCACAAAGUACAAAAGAUUUCGUUUCAUAUGCUAAACCAGCUGAAAUAUAUGUUUAUGCGCGUAAACGACCAUUAUUAACAAAUGAAAUUAAUUUUCAAGAUACAAUAUCAGUACCAGAUAAUAGACGUAUAAUUAUUACAGAAAAUAAAGCAAAUCUUGAUUGUACUCCAUUACUUAAAAAAAGUGAAUUUCAAUUCGAUCAAGUUUUCGGGUCCGAUGCAUCAAACAAACAAGUAUUUGAAAGCACAGUUUUACCAUUUCUAUCAACCAAUCAUCGUCAUAAUUUAACAUAUAUUUGUUUUGGUCAAACAGGAUCUGGGAAAACUCAUACAAUAUUUGGCAGCAGAAACAUUGAUGGUCUACUUGUUUAUUGUACACAAUUACUUUUACAAGAAAUUAAUUUAAAAAAUAAACUUGUUUGUUCUUUUUUUGAAAUUUAUAAUAAUCAACUUUAUGAUUUAAGCAAUACUGGGAAAAGAUUAUUUGUACGUGAAGAUGGUGAACAUUCAGUUAAUAUUGUUGGUAUAACAGAAGUUGUUUUGAGAAAUUUAGAUACUUUACGUUCUGUUAUUAAUGAUGGUCUUACACGACGGCAUCAUGGGAAGAGUGCAUUUAACUCGAAUUCAUCUCGAUCACAUGCAAUUUUUCAAAUAAUAUUAAAAAAUAAUUACAAUCAAGAAGACGAUUUUAAACUUAUAUUUAUUGAUCUAGCUGGUAGUGAGCGUGCAACCGAUGCUCAAAAUAAUCAACGACAAACACGACGUGAAGGUGCACAAAUAAAUUCUUCAUUAUUAGCAUUAAAAGAAUGCAUUCGUUCAAUGGAUAUGACGCGUACUCAUGCACCAUUUCGACAAAGUAAAUUAACACAUAUAUUACGUGAUUCACUUGUUGGCUCAAAAACUCGUACAUGCUUAUUGGCUAAUGUAUCACCACCUGAGGAUUGUUGUCAAUGCUCAUUAAAUACUCUUCAAUAUGCAUUACGAAUUCGUGAUAUUAGUAUUAGACAUCGACAUCGAUCAAUACCAAUAACUAAUUUACCAAUAAAUCACUUUCAUCGUGAACAACAAAAACAACAGCAACAAUAUUCAGAAAAGCCACUAAUUAGAGAAGAAUCACAAAGGAAUUUUGAACCUGCAACAGCAUCAACCCCUCUUCAUCGACAUAUUUCAUCUGUUGAUCAUCAAACUUACAUGGCCAUUAAUCAAAUAGAUUUCGAUAGUCGUAAACGAACAUCAACAAAAUCACCAAAUAUGGAUUGGCAACUAGUAGAUGACGACAUACCCAUAAGUGGUAGUGGUGAUAAUCUAAGAAUAAAAUCUACUCUUUCAUCAACACGUGAAUUUACUUUAAAUACAAAUAAUAACAAUCAGAAUCAGAAUCAGAAUCAAAGUAGUAGUUUCUAUUUAACUCGUUAUGAACAACCAAGAAAAAAAACUCAAAACCAAGAUGAAAGCCCAUCAAGUUAUUUUCCACCACCACAAGCUGAUAUAAAAAAGCCUUCAUCAGUUCAACCUAAUGAAAUUAAACCUAUGCAAGAAUGGACAACCGUCCCCGCACCUUCAACUAUUAACACACGACAUCUUUCUGAUUCAUUCAUUGAACCGCCAAAUUCAGCACGUAUCAUUCCAGUAGCUCCGCUUCAAAUGUCAGAUGAUAAUCAAUACAGUAGUGCUACAGGUACAGAAAGUCUUGGAACAAAAAUAACGAAAUUAGCAACUGCUACGUAUCCAUAUAAAAAGUCUAAUAAACAAAAUGGUCUUAUUGAAAACUUAAAUUUGAAUAAACAAUCGGAUCCAGGUACAACAACAGUAACAACAGAUACUGAACAAGGACUUUAUUCUGAUCGACAAGCAACACACAGAGAUCAAACUGGAUUCUUUAGUAAUCGUGAUGAUCCAUUAUAUUCAAAUGGUUUUAAAGCAAAUCAUUUAUCAACAAUCACUCAACGGACAUCACCAAUAACAACACCUAAAAAUACGCAUCAUCAUUAUAAAUCUGAUGUAUUAUCAACUUCAUCGAAAAAAUCAUUAACAUCUCCAAAUAAACCUCAUCGUCGAAAUCGUCAUAGAAAACCUUCAUCGACACGAUCAUCAUCAUCGCCAACAAGUAGUUUAACAAGUACGAACAAUGAUAAACAUCGAUAUUCACCUCCAAAACGUCAUCAUCGAGUAGUUCCAUAUAAUACUCAUUAUACAUCUGAGGAUGUCGAUAAUCGUAAUCAUCGACAAAUACAUUCAACACGCAAUGAAGCUUGUCAAACAAUAAAUAAUAUUCUUAUAAUGAAAAACGAACAAGAACAAACCGAUGAUCAAUUCUUACUUGAGCAAUUUCCUGAUCAAAUAGCAUCAAAUAAUUUAAUGCAAGCACCAAUUGAUCAACCGAAACGGCUUUAUGAUGAAAACUUAUCAACAACAUCACUUAUUUCAUCAACACAAAAUUAUGGCAUACGAGUAUCAGAUCAACUAAAUACAUUACGUACAUUACUGGAAAGAAGACUUCUGGAACAAGAUGAUUUAAGUUAUCAAACAAAAGAUUCCUCUAUAUUACAAUCAUCACCAAAAACAUUUACAAAAGAAUUUCUUCAAUCAUACCAACUCUCAAAAUAUAAAAAUAAUUCAAAUGAAAUUAUUAGCGAUCUUGAUGACGAUGAUGAUAAUCAAUAUCGACAAAUAAAAAGCAAUUUAAAUUAUUAUGAUCAAAAUAAAGAUAAAUAUUCACGUGAUAUUUUAUCAACAUCGUUAAAUCAAUAUGAGUAUGUAUUGGAUCGUCGCCGAGAAAAUGACUCAUCUCUUUCAGAUGAUAUUAAUCAAACAAAAGUUAAUUCAAAUACAACUAUGUCAUCAACUACACCCACACCUUCAAAUUUUCCAACUAAAAAUGAACCAAACUUAUUAUCGAAUCCUGGCAAUGCUUUUACUUUUGAUCAAUCAAUCGAUAGAACUCAUCCAAUAUCAGUCAGUUACAGUGAUGCUAUAGAGAGUACACGCCAUCCAACAAAUGACACGAAACGAACAUCUGAAGGAGAUUCAGGAUUGCAAAAUCGUUAUACUGGCACAUCACCUGAAGAUUCGAGUACAGCUAAUUCUCGAUGUCAUUCAUCAAUUUUUAUUCCACCAUUAAAUACACUCGAUCUGGCACAUGGAUUUAACAAUGGUCACGAUCAUUUAAUAGAUAGUGGUAAAGGUAGUUCUCUUCUAACAGGUACAUCAUUUGAUGCUUUAUUGAACAGUCUAAAAAAUAUGCGUGAAAAGGAUCUUGAUUUUAUCAUUCCGAAUAGUGAUGACAAUUUGAUUCGUGUUACUGAUUAG